AUGUGGCUUGGCCGCCCUCGACCGAAAUCCACCAGCCCGCUUGUCUUCCUCUCCGCCCAUGGUCGUCUCCCGUCAGCGACCAGAUCCGAGGUUCGAUCGUCAGGUGUUGCUCCACCACGGGUUAAUGAGCCACAGACGAUGGUCUCUCGCUCGAUCUGUGAGUCGUCGCUAGUUCGAGCUGGGGUCGUUUCCUCCGGCGGCAGAAUCGCCGGUGAUGGGUUGAUCGGAAUUGUAAGCUGCGGCCAUUUUUUGCGGUGGUGGAAUUUUGGGGUGCUCCGCCAGGGGUUUGGGAUUUUAUUUUUGAGCCUCCAUUUUCGCUCUAUCCCUGUCGCGAGGGUACGUGCAGUAGAGAAAAGAGUAGAAAACACAGCAUAUUGCCAUGGGUAUGCCAAUUGCCGUGUAGAGAGCUUUCCCGAGCGACUUUGCGUUUUCUCGGUCGGCAUCGAUUCUUUUAGAGCCGUCCGAGUCUUUGUAAGGGGGUUUGAAGCCGUACGCGUGCUGGGCCAAAAACCCGACGACUGGGGGUGCGAACGAGGCCAGUACGGACUCAAACGACCUGUCCAGGGCGUAGAUGCUCGUCCGGGACCGCUUGGGGACUAUCUCUGCAAAUAUCGGGCUGCACGCAAUGUGUGA